AUGGAAACGGUGACAGUACGUAUGGCAAGGGGUGAUCGCACUACUCCAUGGGGAUUUGGCGUCACAGAGGCACCGAAUCGUGACGUUAUUAUCGUCAACAUUGUCGGUGGUUCGCUAGCUGACCGCGCCGGGCUUCGAAACGGCGAUAUUCUCGAUCAACUUGAAGGACUUGGGAACCUCGACAUCAACGCUGUUGAUCGUCUUCUCAUCACCUCACGAGACAAAAUUGAACUCGUCGUGCACAGGUAUCCAUCAGGCGGUCAAACUCGAAUUUGGAGGCCUGAAAUCACAGAUCAGCGCGGGUAUAGCGGACAGGCCGAAGAGCGACCGCUUAAAGUCUCACUGGAACACAACAGCGAUACUCGACCACCGCAAGGUUUUAACACUGCUGCACUACCGUUUAACACCGAUCCGAGAGUGAAGCACCUCCAAUACAACAGUCCAAUGGGUUUGUACUCAAACGAGAGUGCCACCGAGCAGUACAUGCAACAAACGGCUGGGAUCAUUGACAAUGGAAUGUGA